AUACUUUAGCUUAUCCAAGCACGCGAGUUCAACGUUUCGUACAUGGCGAUGACGAGGCUGAUGCUGACCUCGCGGUGCUCUCUCCGGCCUUCUUCUCCGCAGUAUAAGAACUCGCCCCACGCCUCCCCGGCCGCGCAAUGCCGGCAGCCUCCCAGCACCGUCACGCCCCCGUCGCGGAAGAUGGCGCAGCUCGAGCAUGGGUCCCUGCUGGUCGGCGGGCGGGAGCUCCUCGCCCGCGUCCCACCCAACGUCUCCCUCCGCCCGGCCGGCGUUAAGGACGCCGACACCGCCCUGCGCGCCGCCUUCGUCGGCGCCAAGGCCGACGCGCCGUCCAGCCGCCACGUGUUCUCCAUCGGCACCCUGGUCAAGGGGUGGAGGUGGCUGUCCCUGUUCAGGUUCAAGAUCUGGUGGAUGGUCCCGGCCACGGGCGCCGGCGCGGCGGGCGUGCCGGCGGAGACGCAGAUGCUGCUCUUGGAGUCAAGGUCCGGUGAUGAGGCGGGUUCUGCGGAGGCGGAGGGGAGUGCGAUGUACGCGCUGAUGCUGCCGGUUCUAGACAGCGGCUUCAGGGCCAGUCUCCAGGGGAGCCCCGAGGACGAGCUGCAGUUCUGCUUCGAGAGCGGUGAUCCUAAGGUCCAGACGAUGGAAGCAGAUGAUGCAGUGUUCAUCAACUCAGGGGAUAACCCUUUCAAGCUUAUGAAGGAGUCCAUCAAGAUGCUAUCCAAGAUCAAAGGAACUUUCAAUCAUAUAGAGGACAAGGAGAUCCCUCCAAUUUUGGACUGGUUUGGGUGGUGCACUUGGGAUGCAUUUUACAAAGCUGUUAACCCGGUAGGGAUUGAGGAGGGCCUUAAAAGUUUGUGUGAGGGAGGUGCACCGCCAAGGUUUCUGAUUAUAGAUGAUGGUUGGCAGGAAACAAUUAACGAAUUCGAUGACGAAGCCCUCCUUGAACAGACCGUGUUUGCGGAGAGGCUGAUUGAUCUGAAGGAGAAUCAUAAGUUUAGGGGAGAAGCCUGCAAGAAUCUCGGAAACCUUAUCAAGAAAAUCAAAGAAACACAUGGAGUCAAGUACGUAUACAUGUGGCACGCUUUACCUGGGUAUUGGGGAGGCGUCCUAGCAACAUCUGAUGUCAUGAAGAAGUACAAUCCAAAGCUUGUUUACCCAGUCCAAUCUCCGGGUAAUGUUGCGAAUUUGAGGGAUAUAGCCAUGGACAGCUUGGAGAAAUUUGGACUGGGUAUCAUUGAUCCUGCCAAUAUAUAUGAGUUCUACAAUGAUCAGCACAGCUACCUUUCUAGUGUGGGUGUGGAUGGUGUGAAGGUUGAUGUGCAGAACGUGUUGGAAACUCUCGGGCGUGGAUUAGGUGGCCGUGUUGCAUUAACUCGAAAGUAUCAGCAGGCUCUUGAGGAAUCUGUUACUCAGAACUUCAAAAGGAACAACCUAAUCUGCUGCAUGAGUCACAAUUCAGACAGCAUCUUUAGUGCCUUGAAGAGUGCAGUUGCUAGAGCCUCAGAAGAUUUCAUGCCUCAGGAACCAACACGGCAAACUCUGCACAUCGCUUCUGUGGCAUUUAAUAGUUUUUUGUUGGGAGAAAUCUUUAUACCUGACUGGGAUAUGUUUCAUAGCAAGCAUGAAUCAGCAGAAUUUCAUGGAGCAGCAAGAGCACUGAGUGGAGGUGGUGUUUAUGUCAGCGACAAACCCGGAGUCCACAAUUUCAAUAUUCUCAAAAAGCUUGUUCUACCAGAUGGCUCGAUCCUAAGAGCAAGGUAUGCUGGUCGUCCUACACGUGAUUGUUUGUUCAAUGAUCCAGUCAUGGAUGGCAAAAGUCUACUGAAAAUAUGGAACUUGAACAAUUUCUCUGGUGUCAUCGGAGUGUUCAAUUGUCAGGGAGCUGGACAGUGGGUUUGGCCAGUGAAAGAAAUUGCUUAUGCUCCUACUAACAUCGACAUCACUGGCCAUCUCUUGCCAUCAGAUGUAGAUUCCCUUGAGGAGAUAGCUUGUGGUAACUGGAAUGGAGAGACUGCAGUAUAUGCUUUCAAUUCAUGUUGUCUUUCAAGGCUUCAGAAGCACCAAAGUUUGGAGGUUUCAUUGUCUACUAUGACAUUUGAGAUCUAUACCAUUUCACCAAUAAGGGUUUUCAGUGAAGCUGUUCAGUUUGCUCCUCUUGGACUGAUCAACAUGUUCAACUCCGGUGGCGCACUUGACGAUGUUUCAAGCACAGCUGAUUCUUCAGCUAGUACAGUUCAUAUCAAAUGCCGAGGGCCAGGGCGGUUCGGUGCUUAUUCAGCCACCAGGCCGGAGCUUUGUAGAGUUGAUGAAGAGGAGGUAGAGUUCAGUUAUACAGAGGAUGGCCUGCUAGCUUUUGAUCUUCCCUACCGUUCGUCCCACAACAACCUGAGACACAUCGAGGUUCUCUACAGAGCUUCCUGAACCCUUUGUUUUCUGAUUCUGAUGCCCCUCAAUGCAAUGCCGUGAAUUUUUUUUCCAUAACCAUUACGCGUGCACAGAGAUAAAAUUCUGAAAGAAGCCAACAAGUGAUGUUCUGUUGUUCUUGUGUGCUGUGCAUUUUAUUGUUUUCAAUUAGAAUUGUGCCUUGUGUAUUUUGUUGUGUCGUCAUUUGGACUGCUGUAAUCUGAUAGACACAGUUGCAAAAAGAACAAUUCAACAAAGGUCCAUUCUGAUUCUGUCGCAA